UCAAAUGGCGGAAAUGACGUCCAUCGUACCAGCAUCAUUCUUCCCGCAACUUACCCCAUCGCCGGCACCUCCCGUCACUGCGACUACUACCGACGGCGUCUUCACUGCUGGUGCGGCUUACCAUUGCUGCUAUGGCUCUCGCGGAGGCAGCCAUCCCAAGUCACACCCCAGCCACAGCUUUGCGAGACUCCCAGCGUCCUACGCCAGCAACCGUCCUUGCUACCGGCGCCGUCACAGGUGCAGCGACAGACAUCUCGCUGGUGUCACCACUCGCACUGCGGCAAACUCCCUUCAGCGCCGGCAAUGCCUACGCGUCCAUAUCGCCAACCCAACAAACCACCACCCGCUUUUCGCCACCGCACCCACGCCCAUCCUCGUUAUUGCUCGCCCCGCGUUCGCCCGACGCAGCCUCCGCAUCAAUGUCCCAAUCCAGCCGCCCAUCUCUCUCUCCCGCCAGCAGCGUCAGCACGGCCAGCACCGGAUUCCCCGCCGUGAUCGGCGCUGCCCUAAGUCCGUCUCCUGCGUACCCCGGCGAGUCGGACUCACUCGAGCUUCGAGUGGCGCGAGGGACGGAUGUCACUGAAAGCGCCAUGUGGCGGCUGUGUGCCGAGGAGGUGGAGCAGCUGAAAGCGCUGCUGCUUGACGACGC